AUGGGGAAGCUACUGCUCACAAGCGGCCAAGUUCAGGUCUUGCUCUCGUCAGCGUUCGGUAAUGUGACUUCCGUCACAUCAACAUUCCAGCAGCUGACAAGCUUCACAGUGGCAGCAAUAACCUUCUUCCUCUUCCUCGCUGGUUACACAAUCCAGCAACGGUCCAUAGCCGACCUUCAAUCUCAGCUCAAACCACGCAUCCCAAUCGCUCCUAUCUCCGAAUCUGCACAACAACCCCUAUUAGGGCCUCAGCACCCCUCUCGCCUCUUCAAUCCUGAACAAAAUGCUCUCAUAUCUGAACAUACUGCUGCCCAACGACCACAGCAAGUGAAUUGGCAAAAGCUCGCACACGUUCAGAUCGUCACAAAUCACCAUGAUGUCUGUAGUACCAUCAUGUUCUUCGGCGAUCUCGCCCAUCUGAAAUCUCCAGCCCGUCGUAUUCUUCUCUUUCCACAGGCUUGGGCAAUGGAGAAACAAGCUGCCAAACACGACCUGAUAGAUCCUUAUAUGGAUAUCACGCGACGCCUUCUUCGCAGAGCUGCUCGACGCUAUAAUGUCGAGUUGCGACCUAUCCCUUCUUCUGCUGGACAGGAAGAGAAUUCACUUGCCAAUCUCUGGUCUCUGACGGAUCUUGGACGAGUCAUGUUGUUGCAAACGCCGGGCUUAGUGCAGGAUGCCGAAGCUUUGGAUGCCGUUCUGGCAUAUACCAAUCCUGCCCCUAUGACUUUGCUACAGCAAGAUGCAGAUUUAAGCCUCGCAUACGAAGACCUCAUCCUCGCAACCCCAGCCAAAGAGACACAUAGAGUUCUUACUACGACUGGUCUACAUAAUCUCACUACGAUCAGCUCUGCUUUGCAUCCGGCUUAUCUCUCCUCGCCGCAUACCAUCGCUAGUAUCGGUAGCCUGCACAAUGCUAUCCACCCGAACAAAACGACUUUCCUGGAGACUUCAUACAUUCGUUUCAACGACCCUAAGCUCCCCGGCCCAGAGUGGGAGGUUGACUAUGCCAGGGUUGUACAAGCUCGUCCGAAAGAUAAGGAUGCAGAUUGGUUGUGGACCAAAAUGUAUGGCGAGUUUGCUGGCAGGAGAUAUGAUAUCUGCGGUCUGGGCUUGGAGGCAUGGAGAGAAUAA